AGAACAAAAAAAAAAGAAAAUGAUUACCUGGCACGACCUGUACGUCGUCCUGACAGCCGUGAUCCCCCUCUACGUGGCCAUGAUUCUCGCGUACGGCUCCGUCCGCUGGUGGAAGAUCUUCACUCCCGACCAGUGCUCCGGCAUCAACCGCUUCGUGGCCGUCUUCGCCGUCCCUCUCCUCUCCUUCCACUUCAUCUCCCAAAACAACAUCUACACUAUGAACUUCCGCUUCAUAGCCGCCGACACCCUCCAGAAAAUCAUCAUGCUCGCCGUCCUCUCUCUCUGGGCCAACCUCAGCCGCGCCGGAAGCCUCGAGUGGUCCAUCACAAUCUUCUCACUCUCCACUCUACCAAACACACUCGUGAUGGGAAUCCCACUCCUCAUAGCCAUGUACGGAGAAUAUUCCGGAAGCCUCAUGGUCCAAGUAGUCGUCCUCCAGUGCAUUAUAUGGUACACUCUCCUCCUCUUCCUCUUCGAGUUUCGCGCCGCGAAAACCCUCAUAUGUGACCAGUUCCCGGACACCGCUGCUUCGAUCGUCGCCUUUAAAGUCGACUCUGACGUCGUCUCCUUAGACGGGCAGGACUUUCUGGAGACGGACACGCAGAUUGGGGAUGACGGGAAGCUGCACGUCACGGUUCGAAAAUCGAAUGCCUCUCGCCGCUCUUUCUCCGGCCGGCCGUCGAACCUCACCGGAGCUGAGAUCUAUAGUCUCAGCUCGUCGAGGAACCCCACUCCAAGGGGAUCGAAUUUUAACCACUCGGAUUUCUACUCCAUGAUGGGGAUGGGGGGGCGACUUUCCAAUUUCGGAAACUCCGACACUGGGAGGCUUUCCAAUUUCAACGUGGCUACGGAUGUGUAUUCGGUACAGUCGUCGUCGAGGGGGCCCACUCCGCGGCCAUCCAAUUACGAGGACAACUCGUCCGGGAAAAUGCAAGUCCAGCAGCAUUAUUCAGGAAAGGCGGCUCAUCACAAUAGUAGUCAUGACGCGAAAGAGCUUCACAUGUUCGUGUGGAGCUCGAGCGCGUCGCCACUGUCCGAAGGCGCCGCCGCCGCGGGGAGCGGACUUCACGUGUUCGGCGGCACAGAUUUCAGUGCCGCCGAGCAGUCGGGUCGAUCGGAUCCGGGCGCCAAAGAAAUCAGGCUGCUCGUUGCUGAUCGUCCGCAAAACGGUGAGCCGAAAGGGGACCACGGUGGAGAUGAGUUCAGCUUUGGCGGAGCAGGAAAAGAACAUGGGAAUGAGGAAAAGGACAAGGAAGGAGCAAAUGGGCUGUCCAAACUGGGCCCAAACUCGACGGACGAUCUCGACCAGAAGGCGGCCGGAGGACAUGAAGUGGGCCCGGGAAAGAACAUGCCGCCAGCCAGCGUGAUGACGCGCCUCAUCUUGAUUAUGGUUUGGCGUAAGCUUAUCCGCAACCCCAACACAUACUCCAGCCUCAUUGGGCUAAUUUGGUCAUUGGUCUCCUACAGGUGGAAUGUGCAUAUGCCUAAAAUUCUUGAAGAAUCAAUUAAAAUACUAUCUGAUGCUGGCCUUGGAAUGGCUAUGUUUAGCUUGGGCUUGUUUAUGGCUCUUCAGCCUAAGAUAAUCGCAUGUGGGAACACUGUGGCUUCUUUUGCCAUGGGCGUCAGGUUCCUCACUGGCCCUGCAGUUAUGGCUGCUGCCUCCAUUGCUGUUGGCCUACGUGGCACUCUUCUUCACGUUGCAAUUGUGCAGGCCGCGCUCCCACAAGGGAUUGUCCCCUUUGUUUUUGCGAAAGAGUACAAUGUUCAUCCAGCCAUUCUUAGCACUGGGGUCAUAUUCGGGAUGUUGAUUGCACUACCUAUUACACUAGUUUAUUAUAUUCUUCUUGGUUUGUAACAAGUUCCAUUGGUAUUCAAAACAAUUAAGCUGAAGCAAGAAGUUCCAUCGAUCAGUCAAUGCAUUAAAUUUUCCAUGUCAAGAAAUUACGGCACAUGAUCUCCCAGCAAUUUGGAGUACUUCGUGGUUAUUAAUUUAGAUGAUCCCCUGAUUUAAGGAUCAUGCUUCCAGUGACAACAGAAAUGCAUGCAAAGCAUAAAAAAUACUCAAGGAUUGUCAAACUCACACAGGAAAUCAGGGAAUCCAUGAUCACUAUUAUCUUGGUAAAUUUUUUUGUCAGUUUUUGGUUCUGUUUAGUGAUUGAUUAGGCUUAAUCUUCUCCGUUUUUGAAUAUUGUUACAUGUCUCAUGAAGGUGUUCUUAGUUGUGGUUGUUGUACUUCUUUUUUCUUGUUUGCUUGACAUGAAUGUAUAUCCAU